AUGGCGGAGAAACUAGAAGAUGCGAUAAGAAAGUUUGCCCUUUCAGAUAAAGAACUGGAAAGUACUGACCUUGGAGGUGAAGAGUUAGAUGGAGGUAUUCAAGAAUGUCAGUUAAGUUUGGUGGGGAGAAUUAAAGGGGAGAAAGUGGUGAAUUUUGUUGGAGUUAAGAACUUUGUGAACUCAGCUUGGGGGUAUCCAAGGAAUCUGAGGAUCAUAGAAUUGGGUCCAAACAUAUUUCAGUUUUAUGUUCCAAAUAAAGAGGACAGAGAUAGGAUAGUAGGAGGUGGACCGUGGGUCAUGGACAAUCAAAUGCUGGUGAUGAAACACUGGUUUGAAGGUAUAGAGGAAGACAUAUCUGCUUUUGACCUGGCACCUCUCUGGGUCCAAGUUUGGAAUCUACCAGUACACUGGAUAACAAAAGAAGCGGGGUGGAAAAUUGGUUAUGUAUUUCAGGAAGUAAAGGAUGUUCUAGUGCCUCAAGUUGGAGGGAAGGAAGGUAGACACUUAAAGCUAUUAGCGGUACUAGAUACUUCCCUACCUCUACUCAGGGGAUCGACAGUUAAAGUUAAUGGAGCUCUAAAAUGGUUGAACUUCAGAUAUGAGAGAUGUCCAGAAUUUUGCUACAAGUGUGGAGUAAUUGGACAUGGAGAAAAGUCAUGUAAGGAAGUAAUACAGAUUUGCAAAGGGAAACAGGAACAUCAGUACGGUCCUUGGCUGAGAGCCAAUACAGGGAAAUCAUCACCCCAAAAGGAACAACAGAAUAGGUAUAACUCUGAGAAGAAUCAUUGGGGCUUUAAAGAUGGGGAGAUGGUUUUGUUAAAUCCUAAGGAAAAGGGGAAUAUGAAAUAUAGUCAAAAAGACUUUAUGCCAGGGAGAAAGGAAGUCAAUAGGAAGGGUAAUGAAGAGGAACAGACAAGUAGGGAAAAGUCCAAAGAGGUUGGAGGAGAUGAGGUACAGCAACAAAGAGUUGAAGAUAACUGCAGUAUAGAGAAAAUGUAUAGCUUCAAUUCAAACAGCAGCAAAAGUCAGAAGGAAAGUUGUUCCAGAGAAGCUUCAAAAAUCCUCAUUGGGGGAAAGAGCAACAGUGUUCUUGAAGAAGGAAGGAUGAGUAUAUCUGAGGAGGUAGAGAAUCAUGGGAAGAAUAAGGGUGAAGUGGAGAGAAAUGGACUUGAGCAAAUAGCACAGGAGCUAAUGCAAGUAACAGUAGUGGAGGAAGAUUCUAGUAGACUUGAAACAGCCUUAAUGCAAAUUGAUCCAGGAUCUUCUGACGUGGGUUCAAAGGCUGCCUAG